AUAUCGGAUACUGGAUAGCCUUUCGACUCUUCCGGCGAACUCUGAUCGACUGCCGAAAAUACGAGUGGAAGACGUGGCGAUGGCGGUUGUAGUCGUCGGCGUUGACAAUAAUUGAUAGGCGAUAAUUUUCCCUGCUCGACCUGUUGCACGGUGCUCCAUACACUAAUUUUUUCGUGAACGAAGGAACUAACCAACACUAUCUUACAAGGAAGGUAAAACAGGAUCCGCAGUAUUAUUUGAUGAAUAAAAAUUGAGAAUAAUAAAAAUUCAAUUAGGUAAUUGAAGAAUUCUUAGAAAAAAAUGAUUGCUGUAUGUAUUACGUUAUAAAGAAGGAAAAAUGAAUAACAAAGAGUAUUCACACUUUUUUGGCACAACGGAAACUAAACGUGUGUUAAAUGUUGAUUAUCCUAUAGAAAGUUCAUCAUUAGUAAGACCUAUACCAAUAAAGAAAAAUGGAGAUCUUAACUUGUUACAAAAUGAUGGAUUUGAAUUGUUUGAUACAUCUAAUGAUUUUAUUCAAAAUCAUAUUGUAGUCAAUAAUGCAGAUCAAAAUUUGUUCACUAAUAACGAUUCUGGGCGGAUAGGAAGAUCUGAUGAUAUGUCUUUCAUAAAAAUGGAUGAAGAAAUUUUACAGGCAGAUCAAUCCAAUUUGCUUCACGGACCAACAUUAGCUGAAUUAAAUGCCUAUGGUGGUGAUAAUUUAUUAGAAAACUUCAAUUUUGAUGAUUUGUUAUUACCACCUGAUUCAGAAAUGUUUGAAAUUCCUGACACAUUUAUGAGUUCAUACUUGAUGGAUCAUGCUGUGGAUACUAGCCCUGUUAACAGACCGAGUUCUUCAAAGUCUGGCUUUCAACAUUCACCAAAUAAAUGCAGUUCUCUUUCAUCACUUUCUCCAGGUCAAACAAAUUCAAUAACACUACAAGAACUCAUGAAGAAAGAAACAAAAUCACAAAAGUGUUUAUCUCCUCCUAUAUUUGGAACUAGUGUUCCGGGAUCAGGAUUUAUGCUGGCUAGAAAAUCGAGUGAACAUUUUUCGUCAUCAGCUCCUACUCAUCUUGGACUUGACCAAAUGUGGCAGCAUAGAGAACCUCGACAGCAUUUAUUAUCCACUGGAUCAUUAACAGAAGCGGAAUCUACUUCCUCGAUUUCUACUGGAGGUGUUUUGACUCCAGAAGCUUAUGAUUUGUCAUUUGAUGAAUCAGUCGGUGAUUCUGAUAAUGAUACAGAACAAGAAGAAUCUUAUUCAUCUGAUAUCGAUUCAGAGGGCAGUGAUUGUGGUAGAACAUCUGCUGAAUCAUCUUUACACAAGGAUGGAUUUUUUUGGCAGUACAGUGCUAAUUCUAAGGUUCCUAAACGUCAAAGAUUAGUAUUAAAAUGUAAGCUAAAGGAUUCACAUUGUUUAAACGAGAUUAUUGAUCCAGUAUUUAGUCCGAAUUGUUCAAUCAAAGGAAUUAAACAUAGUGGUAAACCAAGAAAGGGAGAUGGUAAUAACCUAACACCAAAUCCUAAACAAUUACAGUUAAUUGGCAGUGAAUUGGAUAAAUGGAAUAAAAUUAUAACUGAAAUGACACCAGUCAGCGAGUUGCCAUUUGAUCUUAGAAAAAAUGCCCGUAAAGAAAAGAACAAAUUAGUAUCCAGAGCAUGUCGGUUGAGGAUAAAAGCUCAACAUGAGGCGAACAAAAUAAAACUUUAUGGAUUAAGAACUGAACACAGGCGUUUAAGUAAUGCUAUAGCUCAAAUGAAGAAGUUAUUUCUAAAAGAAAAUCAUGGAUUGUCAAAUGCCAGUGAGAAAAUUAUAAAAUAUGCUACUAGAUUAAAAGUAGCUGGAAAAACUACACAAUUUGUGAACGAAGUUCUGGAGAAAACCAAAUUAGGUGCACCGCGGGGUGGCUUGGAUGAGCUAUAGCUGCUGAAAAUCAAGUACCUUUAAACUAGUCUUUAUAUAAGUUAUUUAGUUAAAAUAUUAUUAAAGAUGAUCGCAAUAAUCUCUCGUUAUGAUUAAGUUGACCGCCAACAUAAGAAGUCACUUAUGUUUUUAUUGCAACUGUUAUUUUUAUUUUUAAUACUAUUGAUUAAUGAUUAUACAUUUAUCAGUCAAUUAUAAAAUCCUACUAUUCCUAGAAAGUAUAUUAGAAAGUUCGUUAAUUUGUUCAACAUUAACAGUAUCAUUACUUUUUUUUUAAUUCUUUAUAAUUUGAUUUAGCUUUACUUUUUUGAUAACUUGGACCUGUUUAGUAUGACCCUAUAUUAAAUGCUUAUU